AUGGACGCCUCAACAGCGGAGCUCAGCCACACCAGAGCGGAGGUCACCUCUCCCCUCUUCGGGGCCUUCGGUAGCAGUGGCGGAGGGAGUUGGAGCUUACCCAGGUCGGACUCGUGGAACUACCUGCCCCUGGAAGGGGACCCCUGGAGCUACUCGGCCUCAGACCCCGAGUUCUCCAACGUGUCCUCCCCUGAGACCAUCUCUCCAUCCUCCGUCAUGGACUUUUUUUCGCCUCCUGGGUCGGCCACGGCUGCCCACUCAGCGCAGUCGCCCUCCCCAUCCCCAGUGACCACGUCCUCCUCGUCCUGUGAGGAGAGCGGCUGCUCCGGCAACGGCGCUGGCCAAAGGAGCAAACGGAAGCUGCGGUCGCGGAACCCGAGCCGUCAGCGUCAGAGUGCCAGCGAGAAGGAGAAGCUGCGCAUGAGGGACCUGACCAAAGCGCUGCAUCACCUCCGCACCUAUCUGCCGCCCUCCGUGGCCCCGGCCGGACAGACCCUCACCAAGAUCCAGACGCUGCGCCUCGCCAUCCGCUAUAUCGCUCACCUGUCCGCACAGCUGGGGACCAGAGAGGAGCUGCGGUCGCAGUCCACAGGGGAGAGAGACUCUCUCUUCGCACCCCAGACGUGCUUCCCAGAGCAGGAGGGGCGCAUGUUCACAGGACAGUGCUGGGGUCCCCUCACACAGUCCUCUGGAGGAACGGAGACGAAGCAGGGGCUUUGGCAGAGAAGCCUCGAGUUGUCUGCAUGCCACGAGCCACACAGCUCCCCCUACGGCUCCGCAUAUGAAGACCUGUUCAACUCCAGCAUUGACUCUCUGCUGCAGUCACCAGUGUACACAACAGAGACAAGGCAAUCAUACCAGGAAUACGGCAAAGAUAUGACAUUUCACAGUGUCGCUCCCGAGUGCUGGAUUUAG